AUGACUGCACAAAAAAACAAGGUUGAACAGCCAAGAAUCAUCAGAUUGACUGAUGAAGAAUUGGAAACAAAGACAAUGGGAUCCUAUAAUCUGCAGGCUGCCCUUGAAGCUUUGCAUGCAGAUGGCCUAGUUGUCCUUGAGAAUGCGGUUGACCCAGCUCACUUAGACCACCUCAAUCAACGGAUGGUUGCCGAUGCAGAGCAGCUAAAGACGCGCGAAAAAGCUCACAUCAAUUUCAGCGCAGAGACACGAAACUUCCAGCAAGAGCCUGUGCCAGAAGAAGGAUACAUCUUCGACGACAUUAUUGCGAACCCGUGGGCUGCCGAGAUUCUUGAGCACAUGCUGGGUCCUAAGCCGAAGAUCCGUCUCUACAGUGCUAAUACAGCCUUCAAAGCCGAAGCACGCCAGCCUGUACAUAUCGACAUGGCUCUUGGGUAUCCCCGCACGCCAUUUGGCUUUUGUGUCAACAUCAAUCUAGUUUCAACCUCGCCGGAGAAUGGGGCUACUGAGUUUUGGCUUGGCACACACAACGACCCAGCGUUGGAGGCACUCACUAUCAAUGGGCAUGGGGAUGACGACAAGCUCGUGGAAGAGCGCCGUAAAGUGCGGCCACCGAUUCAAGCUAGCCUUCCCAAAGGCUCCCUCAUCAUCCGCGACAUACGCAUAUGGCACGCGGGCAUGCCCAAUCGGACCGACGAUACGCGUGUCAUGUUGGUAACAGUUGCUGUGGCUCCUUGGUACCGCAAUAAACAGAAGAUUCUGUUGCCCAUGCGGUGGCAGAACAGGAUUCAAUGGGGAAAACUUGAUCCAUGCAUCGAAUGGGUAGAGAACGAUCGCAACUAUCUUCAGGGCUCACACGACAUUAGUCUAGCGCAGCUUCCUUGA